AUGAAGAGUUUUAUUCUAGUUUUACUAUUCCAAUUUGUGACUCUAAUCGUAGUUAGUCAACCAGUGAGCAGAUUAGAUGACGUUGAUGCCACAGAUAUCACAAAUUAUGAGGCACACAGAUAUCCCAGGACUUUUAAAUCUAAGCAUUCAUCAUGCAGGAUCAACCAAUAUUUCGACGUAGACAGGGGCGAUUGUAUGGGUGUAAUCGGUGGCGGAAAAGCGCUUUAUGUAAAUAACAAAAAAUCUUGCGGGUCAAAUGUAUUAAAACCACACUGCACAAAUCCAAGAUACUACUACAUUUGCAGACAGAACAAAAUCAUUUUGGCCCAGUGUCCCCAAAACAGACAUUUCGAAAGCCAUCUACAAAAAUGUAUCUUGGUACCUCGUGAGAAGCAUAUUUCUGUUACCAACGGACAAAAUUCCGAUAUUUUUGAUUCUGUUCAACGUCCCGAUUGCCUAAAAACCGGCACAUUUCCGGUUCCAGAUAACUGUGGUUUGUUUUAUACUUGCUCGAUGCAUGGUAAGAAAAUGAACCAAAAUUUCUACACGUGUCCAAAAAAUAUGGCUUAUGACACAAAAACUGAAAUGUGUAAACCAUCCAGUACUUGUCGUGAACCAGAAUCAUUAUCCUCGUGUAGAAAUCAUCCACGGGAUGGAAAGAAAGAAAAUAUGGCACCAAAGGAAACUGUAUUUCCGAUAAGGGGAAGAUCGGAAACUUGUGAAACGCUAUUUACGAAUGAAGAAGACACUACGACUAAUUCAACGUCUAAGAAUGAUGAUGAAAUUAUGUCGAUAACGACUUCUUACACCGAACCAUUCGUACCUGAACUCACGCGAUCAGGUGAUAGUAAUGAUAUUGUAGCGACGACGGAACGUGCUUUGGAAAAGUCACGUUUUACAAACACUGGAGAUUUCGCGAUACCUAUAACUGCCACGUAUUCAACAAUUGCAGUAGAGAACACGUAUCCGACUGAAUUUAAUUUGCCCAUCGAAGUAAAUGGGAAUAAAGAAUUAGGAUCUACGACUGUAGCAGGACCAUUUGAAAAUGGUCAUACGAGAAUUAUAACGGAUGAUCCUGAGGAGCAAUCACCUGAUGACCAAGAUAGAACUGCACCAACAAUUUUAGAUGAUCCAUCAAUGUUAGAAAACAUAGAGCGAGAAAAUAUUCCUGGUUCCGAGAAUCCUAGUUUGGGGAAACAAUAUAUUACUACAGACGAAUUUAACGAAGAGCCAACGUUUGGAACCAGAAACAUCGACACUGAACCAAUAACUUUAGCCGAUCCUACAAGCCUCAGAAAUAACAAACCGAUUACAAACCUAGAUUCAAACAAACCGCCCUUGGAAAUUCCUAUUAAUGAUCCUACAUUACAAAACCAUAGUACAACAAAAGCAUUUAACGAGGAAUCAAUCAAUGAAGCUGAAAACACUCUACCAAUAAUUAGAGAGGAUGUUACAGCUCCUAGUCGACCAGAGGAACAACCGAUUGCAGAAAUAAUUCCAACUGAAUCGCCUAUAGAAAUAUCUACUGAAGAACCUAACUUAGAAAACCAACAUAUUAUACAAGAGGAAUCCAGCGAAAAAACCAUUCCUGAAAGUGAAAGCAUGAACAUUGCGCCAACAAUUUCAGAAGACCCUACAAUCCUUAAUAAUGUAGAAGCGAAAGAAGAACCGGCUACACCAAUAAAUCCAAUUGAACCAUCCGUGCAAAUUCCUAUUUCUGAAGAUCCUAAUUUGACAGAUCAAUAUAAAGCACCAGAAAAUUUGAGCGAAGAAUCAACUACUGAAACUGAAAACAUUAGCACUGAAGAAAUAAUUAUAGGAGAUCCAACAACUCUUAAUAAUAUAGAACCGGAAGAAGAACCGGUAGCACAAGCAGUUUUAAAUGAAUCACCGGUUGUAAUUCCUACUACUAAAAAUUCUGAAUUACCGAUUCCUGAAAUUGAAAAUAUUAACACUGAACCAACAAUUUUAACUGAUCCAACAACCCUUAUAAAUACAGAACCGGAAGGGGAACCAGCAGGAGAAGUAAUUUCAGACGAAUCACCGGUUGUAAUUCCUACUACUGAAAAUUCUGAAUUGCCGAUGCCUGAAAUUGAAAAUAUUAACACGGAACCAACAACUUUAACUGAUUCAACAACCCUUAUCAAUACAGAACCGGAAGGGGAACCGGCAACAAAAGUAAUUUCAGACGAAUCACCAGUUGGAAUUCCUCCUAAUGAAAAUUCUGCAUUACCUAUUACUGAAAUUGGAAAUAUUAAUACUGAGCCAACAACUUUAACUGAUACAACAACCCUUAUCAAUACAGAACCGGAAGGGGAACCAGCAAAAGAAGUAAUUCCAGACGAAUCACCGGUUGCAAUUCCUACCACUGAAAAUUCUGAAUUGCCGAUUCCUGAAAUUGAAAAUACUAACACUGAAUCGGCAAUUCUACCUGAUCCAACCACCCUUACAAAUAGAGAACCGGAAAGGGAACCAGCAAAAGAAAUAGUUUUAAACGAAUUACCGGUUGGAAUUCCUACUACUGAAAAUCAUGAAUUACCGAUUCCUGAAAUUGAAAAUAUUAACACGGAACCAACAAUUUUAACUGAUCCAACAACCCUUAUAAAUACAGAACCGGAAGGGGAACCAGCAGGAGAAGUAAUUUCAGACGAAUCACCGGUUGUAAUUCCUACUACUGAAAAUUCUGAAUUGCCGAUGCCUGAAAUUGAAAAUAUUAACACGGAACCAACAAUUUUAACUGAUCCAACAACCCUUAUAAAUACAGAACCCGAAGGGGAACCAGCAGGAGAAGUAAUUUCAGACGAAUCACCGGUUGUAAUUCCUACUACUGAAAAUUCUGAAUUGCCGAUGCCUGAAAUUGAAAAUAUUAACACUGAACCAACAAUUCUACCUGAUCCAACCACCCUUAUAAAUACAGAACCGGAAGGGGAACCAGCAAAAGAAGUAGUUUCAAACGAAUCACCAGCUGUAAUUCCUACUACUGAAAAUCCUGAAUUACCGGUUCCUGAAAUUGAAAAUAUUAACACGGAACCAACAAUUUUAACUGAUCCAACAACCCUUAUAAAUACAGAACCGGAAGGGGAACCAGCAGGAGAAGUAAUUUCAGACGAAUCACCGGUUGUAAUUCCUACUACUGAAAAUUCUGAAUUGCCGAUGCCUGAAAUUGAAAAUAUUAACACGGAACCAACAAUUUUAACUGAUCCAACAACCCUUAUAAAUACAGAACCCGAAGGGGAACCAGCAGGAGAAGUAAUUUCAGACGAAUCACCGGUUGUAAUUCCUACUACUGAAAAUUCUGAAUUACCGGUGCCUGAAAUUGAAAAUACUAACACGGAACCGACAAUUUUAACUGAUCCAACAACCCUUAUAAAUACAGAACCGGAAGUGGAACCAGCAAAAGAAGUAGUUUCAAACGAAUCACCAGCUGUAAUUCCCACUACUGAAAAUCCUGAAUUACCGAUUCCUGAAAUUGAAAAUAUUAAUACUGAACCAACAAUUCUACCUGAUCCAACCACCCUUAUAAAUACAGAACCGGAAGGGAAACCAGCAGGAGAAGUAAUUUCAGACGAAUCACCGGUUGUAAUUCCUACUACUGAAAAUUCUGAAUUGCCGGUGCCUGAAAUUGAAAAUACUAACACGGAACCAACAAUUUUAACUGAUCCAACAACCCUUAUAAAUACAGAACCGGAGGGGGAACCAGCAGGAGAAGUAAUUUCAGACGAAUCACCGGUUGUAAUUCCUACUACUGAAAAUUCUGAGAUACCAAUUCCUGAAAUUGAAAAUACUAACGCUGAAUCAGCAAUUCUAUCUGAUCCAACCAUUCCUAUAAAUACAGAACCAGAAGGAGAACCAGAAAAAGAAGUAAUUUCAGACGAAUCACCGGUUGUAAUUCCCACUACUGAAAAUCCUGAAUUACCGGUGCCUGAAAUUGAAAAUACUAACACGGAACCAACAAUUUUAACUGAUCCAACAACUCUUAUAAAUACAGAACCGGAAGUGGAACCAGCAAAAGAAGUAGUUUUAAACGAAUCACCAGCUGUAAUUCCCACUACUGAAAAUUCUGAAUUGCCGGUGCCUGAAAUUGAAAAUACUAACACGGAACCAACAAUUUUAACUGAUCCAACAACCCUUAUAAAUACAGAACCGGAAGGGGAACCAACAGGAGAAGUAAUUUCAGACGAAUCACCGGUUGUAAUUCCUACUACUGAAAAUUCUGAGAUACCAAUUCCUGAAAUUGAAAAUACUAACGCUGAAUCAGCAAUUCUACCUGAUCCAACCAUUCCUAUAAAUACAGAACCAGAAGGAGAACCAGCAAAAGAAGUAAUUUCAGACGAAUCACCGGUUGUAAUUCCUACUACUGAAAAUCCUGAAUUACCGAUUCCUGAAAUUGAAAAUAUUAACACUGAACCAACAAUUUUAACUGAUCCAACAACCCUUAUAAAUACAGAACCGGAAGGGGAACCAGCAAAAGAAGUAGUUUCAAACGAAUCACCAGCUGUAAUUCCCACUACUGAAAAUUCUGAAUUACCGAUUCCUCAAAUUGAAAAUAUUAACACUGAACCAACAAUUUUAACUGAUCCAACAACCCUUAUAAAUACAGAACCCGAAGGGGAACCAGCAGGAGAAGUAAUUUCAGACGAAUCACCGGUUGUAAUUCCUACUACUGAAAAUUCUGAAUUGCCGAUUCCUGAAAUUGAAAAUAUUAACACUGAACCAACAAUUCUACCGGAUCCAACCACCCGUAUAAAUACAGAACCGGAUGAAGUAACGGAAGUAAUUUUAAACAAAUCACUCGUUGGUACUUCUGCUACUGAAAAUCCUAGUUUAGAAAAAGAAUAUAAUAAUAUAUUAACCAAUUCAAUAGCCCCUGAUACUACAAAACCACAAGAACAACCAAUUACUUACAUAAUUCCAACUGAAUCAUUCUCGGAAAAUCCUGAGGAACCUAUUCUGGAAGUUGAACGUACUGUAACAGAAGAAUUUACUAAAGAGCCAACUAUUGGAACUGAUGCUAUUGGUACCACUUCAGCUAUUUUACCUGAUGCUCUAAUAUCUAAUAUGACAGUACCUAGAGAAACAAAUACAGGAACAGAGGCAAAUGAACCAUUGUUAGAAACAACUACAAAGGAAGAUCCAGAACUUAAUAAUAAAGGAAGUGAUGAACAAAUACCCAUUGAAUAUGGAAACGGUGAAUCAUCAAAUUACGAUUUAAAUAGAAUGAUAACCACUGAUCCAACAAGCUUGAUCAGCACAAAUGGAGAAUCUGUAUUACAAAAUGAUAGUGCAAUACCUAAAAUUAAUACUGAAGAAACAGUUUCAAAUGUAAUAACCGAAAAGCCUGAUUCUAGAGCAAUGAAAAAACAUUCGAAAUCAUUUCAUAAAUAUUCUCAGACUAUAGAUAAGGAGGACGCGUGUAAUAAUGUUGCACAAAAAGAAUCAGCAACUACUCCGAAAGAUAUACAUAUGCCGUCAGCGAUAUACUAUAUCAUUGAUAAGAUUAAGCAAUGCUUGACAAAAAUUUUAAAUAUGUUACAUCACCAAGGAUGAUAUAAAAUAUAUUAGUGAAUUUUUAUUUAAAAAAUUGCAUUGAUGUAUUAAAUUAAAAAUAUAAAUAUAAAAUGUAAAAUAUAAAUAAUAUAGCAGGUA